AUGACUAAAAAAGAUGGCAUAUUAAUAUUCUUGCUUGCUCAAGUAGUAUUGGAAAUUAUCAUAGUCCAUGUAACCCUAAUCUGUAUAUAUUCAUAAAAUAAUGAAGUCCAAUCUUAUUUGAUGAGUGUAUUCACUGUUUUAAUUGUCACUUAUUUUUCUUGGGCUAUCAAAGAGUAGAAACUAUAAAAACAAUCAAGUAAAGGUUCUUUACUUACUUCUCGGAUGCCAAAUACUAUAAAAUCACUUGUUCUAUUGGAGGACAUUAAUUUUAUAUCAUAUAAAGCUAUAGUACUUGAAAAUUCAACAACCCUUGAUGUAAGAUCAUUUACCAAUGAACUCAAAGACAUUUUAAUUAAAGAUGAAGUAUCUGAAGACAAUCUAUUAGAUCAUAUGAAAAUACUUAAAGUAGAUAAAUAAACUCAAAGAAACUUGAAUUAAAAAAUUAAAGGAAUUAGUCUACGUUAACUAAUAAGCAAAUGUUAAAUUUUACAAAAGACAACAGAUAUAUUAAUAAUUAAAACUAAUUUUAUAUUAUUAGAAUAUUAUUAGAUAAAAUUGCAUUUUGAAAGAGAUGUAAUUAUAUUAAAGUUUGAAGAAAUAAAAGAAUUUUCAAAAUAUAUAAAGAAAAAUUCAUGUUAUGCAUUAAUGAAUAAAUUAUUUCAAUCUUUUAGUCAUGAAUUUGGAACAUUAUUGAAUUAAAUUGCUUUAAAUGCAUAAAAUGGAUUGGCUUAAUUUCCAUCUAUGAAAGAACAAUUUGAUUCUAUUUAUAAUUGUGUAGUGAUUAUGAAUAAUAUGGUAAAAGAUUUAAAAGACUUUCAUUAAUUACGUAGUAAAACAUUUUAAUUAGAAAUUGAUGAUGUGAAUAUUGAUGAAAUCUUUUCUGAACUCUAAACCUUAUUUAAAUAAUAAGCAUAAUAAAAAAAGAUUUCCCUAUAUUUAGUGAAUAAAGUUACUGUAAAUUUCAAAUAAGAUGAAUAAAGAAUUAAAUAAAUACUCUAAAAUCUUAUCUAAAAUGCUAUCAAAUACACUAAUUAAGAUGGACAUAUAUAUGUUACUGCAGAAAAAGAAGAUGACAAAAGAAUCAAAUUUUCUGUUUUAGAUUCAGGUAUAGGAAUUUCAGAAAGUGUUGCCUCCAAUAUAGAAUAAAUGUUAGGAAAUGAUUUAAUUUUAACUUCUAAACUUUCAGAGGGUGCAGCUGGAUUAGGUUUAGGAUUAUUAAAUUCAAAUUACUUAAUUAAACAUUUAUCAUCUUUCAAAUAAGCUCAUAAAGAAAAUUUAAAAUUUAAAUCAAAAUUAGGAGAUGGAACUAAGUUUUGGUUUUAUAUUUGGAAAUAUUAAGUAUUAGAAUCACCAACAAGUUAAUUUGAAUCAAAAUCAAUAAAAAUGAUAGAUAAGAAAGUAUUCCUACAUUAGAAAUCAAAUCUUGCUCAUCCUCUUUCCAGUAUUGCAUCUAAUCCUAAAAGUUGUCCAUCAUAAAUCAAAAGAUUAAGUCCUAGUAAAUCAUUUUAGAGACCAUAACCUUAAAUAUUCUUUCCAUCAAAUAUCAAAGAUGAUAAUAUUAUGAUAAUGGAAGAAGAUGAUAGAACAAUUGCUGAGGAUCCAAAACCUAAUCAUUUACCUGGAUAAAGAGCAAGAUUUCCCUCAAUGAGUUCACCAGAAUGUUAAUUUGUUAAAUUGUUAUUAGUAGAUGAUGAACCAGCAAAUUUAUUCCCACUUAAAAUUAUGAUUAAAAUGCUUGGUUUUGAGAGUGAUAUAGCAUAAAAUGGAUAUUAAGCUAUUUAAUAAGUGGAAUCAAGAUUAAAUUAAAAAUGUUAAUAUCAUUUAAUAUUGAUGGAUAUUAAUAUGCCAUAAAUGGAUGGAUUUGAAACAACAAGAUAAAUCAAAUAUUUAUAACCUUAAAUUACUAUAGUAGCUUGUUCAGCUUUUAGUGAUAUGCAGACAAAAUAUUAAGCACAAUUAUCUGGGAUGGUUGA